UCAAGCGAGGUAAGGUGAAUCUAAAUCGAAACUGAAAUUUGGAAAACAAAUAUGUCGCACUUCUCUUUCUCGAAGCUGAAAAAUCGGUGAAAUCGGUAAAUUGUUGGUAGGCUACGGUUUUAAUUGUGUUCUCACAGUGCUAAAAUGUACAUGAAACUAACGGAGUAAUCAAGUCAUGAAAUCAUACCGAUAUAUAGGUAUUGUAAAACGCCUGUAGUCCGUUUCCAGGCUUUAUUUCAGCCCUGCUGAAGCUACUAUUCAUGUAGAUUAUUCAUGUGUGCAUGCAUAUUGUUGUGGCGAAUCUUCAAAUAUUUGGAAUUUGAGUGUUGCUGCAGCAGUAACCUCAAAACGAAAAUCCGCGCAAACAGACGUACAAAAAUGAAACUAUGGCGUGAAACAAUGAGUUCCAAGGAGAAUCCUCCAAAGAAAAAAGGAUGCGACAAAGGCAUCGUGGAGAGGUUUAAAAUGAGACUUGACCUCAUAUUUGACUACAAUGGCUUAGUUAAUCAAGGAGCAACCUGUUAUUUGAACAGUGUGCUGCAGGUCCUCUUCAUGACUAAGGACUUCAGAGAGGCUGUGGAAAGUCACUGUGGUCAAGAUCAGAAGACUGCUGAUUUUCACCUGAAAAGCCUUUUUAAGGCAUUGAAGACAAGUGAAACUCACACAAAGGACAUCUUAUCCAUACUUGGCAUUGGAAAUGUUUACGAGCAACGGGAUGCUGCUGAAUAUUUUGAGAAUAUUUUAAGCAUGGUCAAUCCUUAUGUGUCUCAGAUCUUCAAAGGACAUUUGAGACACACAAUGAGAUGUUCAGAAGGUCAUGUGACCAGUGAUGAACCUGGUCCAUUCUGGACUCUACCACUCUCAAUAGAAAAUCCAUCCGACUCUAACAAAACCUACAGUGUGAGGGAUGGUUUUGAGAAGUUUUUCAAGUCUUCAACUGUCAGUGAGAUGUAUUGCGACCAAUGCAAUGAGAAAUCCUAUUCAACCAUUGCUUGUAAAAUGGAACAUCACCCAAAGAUUCUGACUCUGCUCCUCAAGAGGUUUGAGUUUGACUACCACAGUAUGUCAUAUACCAAAAAUGACUGCUGUGUUGAAGUUCCUCACACGUUACGGACAAAGAACUGUGACUAUGAACUCUAUGCAGUGGUGGACCAUGUGGGAAGUCUAAGAGGUGGACAUUACACUGCUAGAAUCAAGUCCUAUGAUGAUCACAACUGGUAUGUGUUCGAUGACAGCUACGUCACACAGCCCAAUCCACAAUCAAUCAGUCAUAUGAAUAAUGAAAGAUCCCAGAGUGUGUAUCUGCUUAUGUACAAGAAAUUUUCCUGGCUCUGCGGACCCCUGGGAGAUUGACCACAGCUCUAUAAGUCUGCAUUUCAAUUGGACUGGUGUGUAUUAUAUGCCUAUAGGGAACGCACUAUUCCCUUUAAAAUGGACAGCUCCUGAGGACAUCACCAGUAGAAAGUUCACCAUCAAGGAUGACGUGUGGUUCUUCGGCACCUUGCUGUAUGAGAUCGUGACCUAUGGGGAGAUGCCCUGUCCCAGUAAGAUUUGUAUAAUUAGGAUAUAUUAAUCUCCUUGGCAUUAAAGCUCAUUGAGGGAAAAAUUGGACAAGAUGGUGCUGACUGAGAGGGGCGGAAUCAAAUGAUCUUUACUUCUAUUGUACCGAAAAGUUCAUACUAUUAUCCCAUUUGACCCCAAGCACUUCGGAUAUCAGAUAGACAGUUACUAACCACGAUUUUGACCUCAAAUAAGACUUCAACUCAGCUGUUGCCCGGUCCCUAUUCCUUUGUUCGAUUAGCUACCAAAACCCUGCAGGCAUAGACACAGUAGACGAGCUGCAGCCCUGGUGAAAAUGAGCGAUGAGAAAACCGAACGGCGCUCCCCUCCUUUCUGUUGGCAAAUGUCCAGUCACUUUAGAAUAAGAUGAGCUUCGUUUGAGAGUCACAUGUCUUACAGAUACGUGGAUAGAUGAUGACACUAUACACAUAGUAAUUUGUGGAUUCUUCAUCCAGUGGCAAGAUCGGACGAAGGCUUUGGGCAAGUCUAAAUGAGGAGGGGGGGUUUCAUAAAUAACAACAGGUGUGCUGCUUCCAGUGUGAAGGAAAUCUAUAACUUUUGCUCACCUGAUAUAGAAUACCUCAUGGUAAGUUAAGCUGCAGACUCUUUCAUCUACCAAGAGAGUUAUCCGUAAUUAUCACGGCUGUCUACAAGACAACAAAACUCUGGCACUCAACAAACUGUAUGGGGCCAUAAACAAACAAGAAACUGCUCACCCAGUGGCAGUGUUUCUGGCGGGCGGAGACUAACGUGAGGAGAUUAAAACCGUCCUCCCUCACUUCUACCAACACAUCACCUGCUCCACUAGGGGACCUACAACUCUAGACCACUUUUAUUCUACCCACAGAAACUCAUACAACGCCCUCCCUUGUCCUCCCUUCUGCAAUUCUGACCACAACUCCAUUCUCCUGCUUCCUGUUUACAAAACAAAGCUCAAACAGGAAGUACCAGUGAUGCGUUCAAUACGGAAGUGUUGGGAUGACACGAGGUUACAAGACUGUUUUGCUAGUACAGACUGGAAUAUGUUACAGGAUUCAUCCGAUAGCAUUGAGGAGUUUACCACAACAGUCGCAGGGUUCAUCAAUAAGGGCACAGACAAUGUCAUCCCCACAGUGACUAUAUGAACGUAGCCAAACCAAAAACCAUUGAUUACAGGCAAUAUUCGUUCUGGGCUAAAGGCAAGAGCUACCGCUUGCUUACAAGGAAUGGGACAUGGACAUGUACGCAUGCAAGAAAGCCUGCUACGACUUCCGACUAGAAAUCAAACAUGCAAAAGGAUAGUAUAGUAGGAAGGUGGAAUCCUAUUACACCGGCUUCGAUGCUCGUCGUAUGUGGUAGGGUCUGCAGACGAUAAUGGAUUACAAAGGGAAACCCAGCCGUGAGUAACCCAGUAAUGCAGAACUCCCAAUCCAGCUGAAAGCCUUUUAUUCUCACUUCGAGGAAUACAACACUGUGUCUAGCAUGAAAGACCCUGUUUUUCUGGAGGACUGUGUGAUCUCUCUCUCUGUGGCCGAUGUGAGCAAAACGUUUAAACAGGUUAACAAUCACACAGACGGAAUACCAGGGCGCGUUCUCAAAGCAUGAGCAGACCAGAGCUCCAAGGUAGCCUGCCUAAAUGACUUUCGCCCUGUAGCACUCACAUCUGUAGGUGCUUUGAAAGGCUGGUCAUGACACACAUCAACAUAAUCAUCCCAGACACUAUGGGCCCACUUCAAUUCUCAUAAUGCCCCAACAGAUCCACAGAUGACGCAAUCUCAAUUGCACUUUACACUGCCCUCUCUCACCUGGACAAGAGGGGAAAUAACUAUGUGAGAGUGCUGUUCAUAGACUACAGCUCAGCAUUCAACACCAUAGUCCCCUCCAAGCUCAUCACCAAGCUAGAGAUCUUGGAAUUGAACACCUUCCUCUGCAACUGGAUCUUGGACUUCCUGACGGGCCGGCCCCAGGUGGUGAGGGUAGGCAACAACAUCUCGCCACGCUGACCCUCAGCACGGGGCCCCUCAGGGGUGUGUGCUUAGUCCCCUCCUGUACUCCCUGAUAGAGCUUCAAGUUCCUUGACGUCCACAUCACUAAGGACUUAGCAUGGCCCACACACACCAGCACAGUCGUGAAGAGGGCACAGCAGCACCUAUUCCUCCUCAGGAGGCUAAAACGAUUUGGCAUGGACCCUCAGAUCGUCAGAAAUUUCUACAGCUGCACCAUCGAGAGCAACUUGACUGGCUGCAUCACCGAUUGGUAUGGGAAAUGCAACGCAAAGCACUACAGAAAGUGGUAUAUCUCAGUACAUCCCUGGGGCUGAGCUCCCUGCCAUCCAGGACCUCUAUAUUAGGCGGUGUCAGAGGAAGGCCCGAAAGACUUCUAAAUAGUCAAGACUCCAGCCACCCAAGCCAUAGAAUGUUCACUCUGCUACUGUCUGGCAAAUGGUACGGAAGCAUUGGCUCUCGGACCAACAGGCUCUGAGACAUUUUUUACCCCAAUGCCAUAAGACUGCUAAAUAGCCAGAAGUGAAAUAGUCAAUUAAUGGUUACCCAAACUAUCUAUCCUGAUUCCUAUCUUGCACUGACCCUACGCACACUCACUAGACUAUAUAUACACACUAUAUACACACUCACUCACACAAAAACUACAUUGAUACUCCCACACAAAACCCACACACUUACGUGGAUGUCGAUUAAGGCAACCCCCCCCGCACCUCUCUGGUUAAAUGCAGGAGACACAUUUCAGUUGAAGGCAUUCAGUUGUACAACUGACUAGGUAUCCCCGUUUCCCUUUCAUACGCCAGAGGAGGACGGGCUCACUGUAAUGGCUGGAUUGGAAUAAAUGGAAUGGAGUCAAACGUGGUUUCCUUAUGUUUGAUGUUUGAUACUGUUCCAUUUAUUCCAUUCCUGCCUUUACAACGAGCCCGUCCUCCUAUAGCUCCCCCCACCAGCCUCCACUGACAUACGCACACACAUAUACAUAGCACACGCAUACCAACACAACACAAACAUUUGCGGCUACUAUUCUUUAUUUUACACUUAUUAUCUAUCCUGAUUCCUAGUCACUUUACCCUGCAUUCAUGUACAUACUGUAUCUACCUCAAACACCUCGUACCUCUGCACAUUGAUCUGAUACUGGUACUCCCUGUAUAUACAGUAGCUUCAUUCUUGUGUAUUAUAUUUUAUUCCUCUUGUGUUACUAUUUUUUCUGUGUAUUAUCAUUUUUAAACUCUGCAUCGUUGGGAAGGCCUCGUAAGCAAGCAUUUCAUGGUAAAGUCUACACCAGUUGUAUUUGGCGCAUGUGACAAAUACAAUUUGAUUUGACACUAACUUCUGACAUCUACCACAUUGUUAUUGAGUGAGCAAUGCUAUCAAUGCAUGAUUAGCACAAAUGUAGAGUUCUUCUGCUUUCCAGUGCCAUUUUGAGAGUAUAUAUUGGACUGCUGGAAGGAGAAUAAAAAUGACAGGAGCACUUUCGAGGCUCUGAAAAUGAGGCUGAGGAACGUUACCGGUUGAAGGUUUAUGUAAUAAUUCUUUAGUAUCGAUUAAAUAGCAGUAAUUAAAUGUUAGUCUUGUUUCUCAGCUCUGUCAUCUCUUUUUGAGAGUCUGGAAUGUUCCUUAGUGUUGUGUGUUACUGAAGACUAUCUUAAAGUGCUACCAUGACCACAUUGCUGAUUUUACUGACUGCGCUGUGAAGGGAUAAAAGUUGAUGUCAUCUCUGCUGUCUUCAGACAUGGAGUGUGCUUCCAAAUUAAACCUUUUCUUUCUGCCUUUA